UUGGUCGUAGUGCGUGCUUUACGUGCGUUGACAACGCCGUUGUUAGUAGGGUCAUAGCGAUGAGACGUCUUGUGAUAUCAGAUCUUAGAUAAUUAACAAAUACCUCACAUUUAAAGACCAUGGCAUGAUGCUCAGAUCAGGUUAUUGCAACAAUCUGCACUCAGCAUACUGUUAUUUGUUGUGAAACUUGUUUUCAAUGAAAUAACUGCAUUAAGAAUAUGGAAAAGGCCAACUUAUGUGUCUUCUAACCACCUCAGCUUGGAUCGGUGGCAUAUGCUGAGCAAUACCAGCAUGUAUAUUGACUGUCUGUGGACGCAGAUAGAACAGUUUGACAUUUCCUACUGGAAGUGGGUUCUCUGGGUGGUGUACCCAGUUAUUAUUUCAUUCCUCCUUCCAUUCAUCAUAAUCAUAUUUGUGUAUGCGUCCACCUUGUUCUUGUUUGUUUAUCGGCAACGACACCGACUCAGAGAUGCAUAUGCCCGAGAUUUCUGGGACGGAGCCCGUAAGACGAUUUCCGUGUUUUGGGAUUGUCAAGGAAGAAUUUGGCAUGGAUAUGAAGUUGUGCACAUGGAACGGUUGCCUAUGGUUGGACCAGCAAUGAUAAUAUACUAUCAUGCAGUAAUCCCAAUUGAUGUUUAUUAUAUAGUGGCAAGAACUCUUGUUGAACGUGGACGUCACAUAAAAUGUGUUGGUGAUAGGUUCUUGUUUAACAUACCAGGUUGGCGUUUGCUAAUGGAAGUUUUCCAAGUGACACCAGGAACAGUUCAAAGCUGCAUUGAUGUGCUUAAUGAGGGCAAUAUUUUGUGCAUUUCACCUGGUGGAGUUCGUGAAGCCCUGUUUAGUGAUGAAAGUUACAAACUGAUGUGGGGAAAGAGAACCGGUUUUGCUAAGGUGGCAUUGCAAGCCAAUGUGCCAGUAAUUCCAAUGUUUACUCAGAAUUGUAGAGAAGUCUUCCGAACUCCAGGAUGGGGUAGAUCAUUAUUGAGGAAAUUCUAUGAAAAGACACGGUUGCCUAUAGUUCCCAUAUAUGGAUUUUUUCCAGUGAAACUCAGGAGUUUCUUGGGUGAACCAAUAUAUCCUGAAUCUGGUAUGACUGCAGAACAAUUUUCAAUAAAGGUGAAAAAGUCUGUGGAAUCAUUAAUUGAAUGUCACCAGCAAAUUCCAGGCAAUAUUCUGGGAGCUUUAGUUGAAAGAUUCUACCCUAAGUUGAAGAGCAAUUGAAGCACCAGCAUAAUGUAGUAAACAAACUGUGUAAUUCAUACUACUCAGUCUGCUAUUUAUAUGGAACAUAGUGGUGUGAUAUUAUUUAUUGAUUCUCCAAUGUUUACCACUGACCGUUUUCUUCCAUUUCUUAUUUUGUAUCACCAACUGAAUGUUAGUAUACCAGAAACGUUCGUGUUAGUUAAAGAGACUAUCCUGAGUUUGCUGCCAUUGUAAAAUAUUUUCAACUAACCAUAGAAUUUUUAAAAACUAAAAUUACAUAUUAAAUACAUUUCCUUAUAUAAGAUGUCAGUAUCUGUAUAUAUAAAUACCUUUUUCGUGUUCUAAUGCUUGUUCUAAAUGUACGACAAACAUUAUUUUAAGAAGUAAAAUAAAAUUUGACCUACUUUAUAAGCAUUGGGAUGACCAAAAAUGAAUUUGAUAUACAAAAACGUAUAUUAUGAACUACUAACUGUAUUCAAGAUGUCUGAUUAAUUGUUAAAAGGAUUAAUUAUUUGGAAAUGUUAAAUGGUUGCAAACUCGAGGGAGUCCCUUUAACUCUUGACAGCAUAUAAUAUAUAAUAUAUUACAUAAUAUAUAAUGUAGUAUAUACUUGGCAUGUUUCUACUUUUAUACAAAUACUGCAGUUAACUAGCUAGCUCUGCCAUUCGUCAAAUUCACCAGUUGCGAAUUUUAAACACAACUGAGGAAUUUCAUUUUAAUUUGGCAAAAUAAUUUCAUGUAAUGAUUAAAAUUUUGUUGCAAAGUAAUGGUGGGUUUGUGCAAUUUUAUAAGAUUAAUAAAUAAUUUUGAUAAACUGUCUGCACACUGUUAUGUAGAGCUAACCCUGAGUUAUGUCAUUUAAUGUUUAUAUAGAUGAAUUGCAGAACUAAUCAGAAUUAUACCCCACCUUGUUUUAGCUUAUUACAUGUGAUAUAUAAAAAUCUGUGGGAAUGAAAAACUGAAAAUUAUCGUAUUGAAAAUGUAAUGUCCAUACGCAAUUAAUAUACAUAUGCGUUUUUGCACCCGACAGAUGUGAUCAUAACUUCCCGUCAGUAGCCGUCGAUUAUAAAAGGCAAUGUUUUAAUGACUAUAGAUUUCAUCUCUAUCCUGUCUGUCCAUCUGUACCACAUAUAGUUUUCCACAUUUCCGCAAUGCCUCAAGAUAUUGAGCUAAAAAAAUUUUUAUAUAGCUUUAUCAUGUACUGUUACCGAUCAGAUUGAACUUUUAUGGGGAUUUACCCAUUUGGACAGAGUUAUGACCUUUGAACUGUGGAGAUAAGAACAUUUGUUUUUUGGACUUUUUCACAGUGCCUCAAGAUAUUGAGCUGAAAUGUUUGUGUUUAGCUUUAUCAUGUACUGUGACAGAUCAAGUUUGACGUUCCCAUUUUUUUUCUAUGAGUUAUAACCCUUGAACUUAGGAAAUAUGAAAGUUUGUUGGGGCCCAGUAGGAAAAAUGCAUUGCUUUAGUAUAUAGUAACAGGUCAUCAUAAUGCCGACACAGCUUUUAAGUUUCCGUUUUAGGGAUUUUCAUGAAUCAUAUGCAAUAAACAAAAACAUUGUGGGUAUAAUUUUGAGUAGGACUUUGGGUACAUAUGUUUCCUAGUUUUUUUAUAAGGAGAUUAUUUCGUAACUACUUAUUAGAUAACUUUGAAGCGAUUCCAUUUUCCCUGGAUCUCAUUGGUUAUCUUGGGACUUGUCAACUAAGAAAAAUAAUCAAAUUAAAAUAUUAAUUUUGGUCCCACAAGUAUACCUUUGUUCUGUCCAUAAAUUGUCUUUGAGUUCAUACACUAAUUACUAUAACUUAAAGAGACUGUUCUGUGUUUGUUGUCAUUGUAACAUGUUUCUGACUAGCAGAGCCAAAAUUACAUAUUAAAUGUAUUUUCUUGUGUAAGAUAUCAAUGUCUGUAUAUUCAAUGUGUUUAUUGUCGUCCAAUAUUUGUAGUAAUCCAAAUUAGAUCUUCAUUGUUCAAAUAAAAUAUAACUUUUAUUGUGUGUAUUAAACAUACAAAUGGAUACAGGUAUGGGACAAAAUAGAGGCUGUUAAAAAUACUGUUAAAUUAUGUUACGGUAACUGUCGUAAAAUUUAAUGUUUCGUCAAUUGUUUGUUUUUUACACAACACGGCUUGUUUCCUUUGAUGUCCAGUGUGCAGACUGAUCAUUGUGGGGUUUUUUAUGUGUGGAAAAAAGUGUACCUUUUGAAAUAGCGGAGACGGUUGCUGGAAAAUAAAGAGGGGCGGAGAACGUGAAAGGAGGGCGGCAAAAUGCAAUAGCGGGACGGGCCGCCCCGCUUAAAUGGAGCAGCGAAAACACUGAUCUUGUCUCCCAAUAAUCCUAUACAUAUGAAAAAAAAUAUAUAUAUAUGCACUAGGAAUGUAUAUUUACACAUUAAUUUUAUUUCCUAAAACAAUCUGUUGGUUGGCAAAGUUUAACAAUGGAAGCAGAUUUGGGGCACUAUCUUUAAACUUCAUUAAAAAAAAAUUACUUUUAUACACUGACACCUGAUUAAAGAGUAUAUAUAAGCACAAGGAAUGUACAUUUAAUGUGUAAUUUUAUUCCCUGAAACAAAAAUCUGUUGGUUGGCAAACUUUUAACAAUGAAAGCAAAUUUGGGACAGUAUCUUUAAACUUCAUUAACAUUUUUAAUUCCAUACACUGACACCUGAUUAAAGAGUAUUUUCAUGUGUGUUGUUAAACAAACAUUCCUAUACCCUGAACAUUUCUUUGACUUUUGUUUAUAACUGGGUAUUAAAAAAUGGUUAUAAAUAAUAAGGCUUUUCUACAGGUUUCUUUACCUGUGUUGCUCAUGAUAUACGUGUUUUUAAACCACUCAUAUAGUAUUCUCCAUUUCCUAGAGAUCGAUGCAGUUUCACUGUGAUGUUAAAAACAUUAUUGUAUAAUUCUCUUUUGUUGUAUUAUUGUUAUUAUUGUUGCAUAUUUUUUGUUAUGCUGGGACCAAGCACAUAAUUCUUGAAACAAAAUGGUGGUGUGGUGCGUUAUUUUAGUUUUUAUAUGCAUCUAAAACCAGUAUGGAGAUAAUGCUCUAUAUACUCGGAGGGACUGUUUAGAAUUGUGGUCCUUGAUUUACUUCUUUUGUCUGGAAACAUUAAGUAGUCACUGAUAUUUAAAUAAAAAAUCGCUGCUUGAUGUGUACAGGUAAAUGACAAUAAAUAUGAAAGCAAAUUUUGUAGGCAUUUAUUUAAAAGGGGCCUUAGCUUCAAAUUAAAAUCUAUGCUGAUAUUAAGCAUGUUAUUUCAUUAAACGGUGUACAUUGUAAAAAAAAGAAGAUUUUCUUGUAAGUUUUGUUCUUUAUAUCAUAUUUUAAAAUUAUAAAAUUAUUUACACAUUUAUAUAUGUUUAUGCCUGUGUCCAUUACAUAAAUUUAACUUUUUC